CAAAAUGGAGUCUACAAAAAUAAAAUAAACACUACAAAGCUGUUUGUCAACUCCGUAUUUUUCACAGUUUUGCAGUUUGAAUUUUACAGAAAACAAUCAUAUAGUAUUAUGGGAAGGCGUAAAUCAAAACGAAAACCACCACCGAAAAGGAAACCAGUGGAACCAUUAGAUCAACAGUUUAAUUGCCCAUUUUGUAACCACGAAAAAUCGUGUGAUGUAAAAAUGGAUAAAGGUCGAAAUACAGCUCAGAUAACGUGUCGGGUAUGUUUAGAGGAUUUUCAAACACAAAUCAACUUUCUUUCCGAACCAAUUGAUGUUUACAAUGAUUGGAUAGAUGCAUGUGAAUCAGCCAAUUAAGAAAUUAUUUUAAGGAAAUAUGUGCAUGUAACAUUAGAACAUUGAAUAUCCCAUAUAGGCAUGUUUUCCCCUCAAGAAUUUUGUAACUACAAAUAUCAUGGAAGGUAUGUUUUCAGUUAAUCAGUUUUUAAAGGAAUUGUUAUUGAUAUGGUAUAUUUAAUGUAAUAUUUUAUAGCGUCAGUAGAAUGGUAUAUUCUCAAUGUAAUUGUUUUAUUUCAUGAAUAUAAUAUGUGCAAUAACGAUA